AUGCUUAGGAACCGGUCCAGGCCAGCUCUCAGAUCAGAGGUGGGGGAGACUGAAGCUGGUGGAGGCUGGACCACAGCGUGGUCAGCCGCUGCUCAGGGCUCCUCCAGCCAAGCCCUUCACGUGGUCCUGCCUCCGUGGCGCCUCCUGAACAAGUGUGGCUGCCCGGGCCUUCUUCCUUUAACCGCUACCCCACCCGAGGUGGCCUGGGUAACAAGGUACCAGGUGCUGAGGCUGCGGGAUGCAGGCGGGGGGCGGGGGGCAGAGAGGGGCCCUCUCUGGAGCGGAACAAGCAUGCUGGCAGGGACAGGAGAGGGCCUGGCAGGGGCAUGCAGCGCCAAGGCUGCCUCAAGGACGGUGAGCAUCCCCUCCCCCCAACUGGUCACCUGGGGUCAGAAGGAGGUUAGUGGCUGCUCAUCAGCAGAGCCACCCAAAAACCGCCUGGCAUCUGCAAAGAGACAAGGCACCAGUUCCGGGCUGUCUGAGACGGGCUGCGUCAUCUCGGGAGAUCACAGCCCAGCGCGGCCCCGUGCGAUGCGGCGGGGCGGGGCAGCCCGCCAGGAGCAGCACCCUCUCAUCCUCGUCCGAAGCUUCAUCAGUACCGGCCUCAAUUCUGCAAUAGCUCGCAGCUCCUUCUGCAUUUAUGUUGCCUUCCUUGAACCCGUGUUCCACAGUGAAGCCAAAAUGGCGUUUUGGACAACACGUGUGCGGGAUGAAGCCUGGCCCCAGUCAGGGCCGUGA